AUGCCCCAGAACGACUGCCUGACCCCGACCGAAGCCUCCUACAUCGCGACGAAUGCGUACUUCACGCUGAAGGACUGGAUCAGCGGCCAGCCCACCGCGGGCGUCGAGACCCGCGCGAACGUGCACAACCGCGUGCUGGGCGCCGGCACGGCCGGCGUCAACGCGCCGGGCCAGGCCAACCCGUCGCUGCAGGGCACCGCGCUGCGCGGCGCGGAUCUCGGCAAGAUCUUUUCCGGCACCACCGGCAUCAACACGCAGUCCGGCUUCGGCUACCUGCUCCAGUUCAAGCAAGGCACGCGGCGCCACAUCGUCGUGGCCACGCGCGGCACGCGGCCCGAGCUCGGUGCGCCCGACCUGCUGACCGACGCACGCGGCGCCAUGACCGGCUUCGGCGACUUCGGCCCGGUGCACAAGGGCUUCCGCAGGACCUUCGACACCUGCAUGACGUCCAUCGGCACCGACGAGCGCCUCAUCAUGGAUGCGGACGUGGUGCACUGCGUCGGCCACAGCCUGGGCGGUGCCGUCGCCACGCUGAUCGCAGCGCAUUUCGCCGCGCUCAAGAAGGACGUCAAGCUCUACACCUUCGGCAGCCCGCGCGUCGGCGCCUUCGGCACGUUCUCGGCCUUUCACCGCGCCAUCAAGCAGGAGAACAUCUUCCGCGUCGCGCACGACCUGGACCCGAUCUCGCUGCACCGCCAACCACGACAUGAACCGCUACAUCCGGUCGGUCGGCGCGGGCCUGGGCGGCACCUGGGACACGGUGCGCGGCUUCGCGCAGCAGACGGACCACGACAACGCCGUGCUGGCCAAGUGGCUGCUGCACGCCGACAACGACCCGGGCUGGGUGCAGUACGCGUCCGCCAAGACGCUGGGCAUCCUCUUCAAGCUGUUCUCGCACGUGCUGAGGAACAUCAGCACCUCGCUGAUCCUCGGCCUGUCGGCGGUGGACCUGCUGGCCGAGAUGCUGCUGUCCGGCAUGGCCCGCGCGCAGGCGCUGGCCAGCCAGGUCCACGCGCUGCUGCGGCACGCGGCCAAGUGGGCGGGCAUCGCGAUCUCGACCGGCGCCGACUUCACGGCCCAGAUCAUCCGGCGCAUCCUCGACGUGAUGCUGACCAAGCUGCAGCAGAUCGGCGCCGUGGCGCUGGCCAUCGGCUCGCGCGGCCUGCUGCCGCUGCCCUUGAUCAUCAGCGGCGGCUGGAUGCUGGCACAGGCGCGCGGGCUGUGAUGUCGAGCCUGGCCCCCGAACAACUGGCCUACAUCGUCACGCACGGCGAGCUGCUGGUGAUGCUGUCGCUGCGGCGGCUGGAGAUGAUGCUGGACGCUAGCGCGGAGGACGCCCCGGCGCCGUCGGCCGAAGAACUGGCCGCCGCCGAGGCCGUCACGUUGGCCGAACUGGCCCGGCAGCAGCAGCAAUGGCUGACGCAGUCCGUGGAUGUGGCGCCCGUGGCCGACGCCCACGUCACCCUCGCCGCGGCGGCCCUGCCCGACGGUCACGUCGACCUCGGCCCCGAGAUCGAGGACGCGCUGGCACACGCCUAUGCGUCGAUCCCGGCGCGCACACAGGCGCUGCAAGGCGCCGACACCGCGAGCCUCGUGCUGGCG